UAGAUUUAAAACGCGUUUUAUAAGCUGUGAAGAUGAAGUCAAGAAUUUCAAACCUGCCAUUUCUACAUAAAACCGACAGCAUUUAUGAAUCCACAACCAAGAGCAACUUCAGACUGGCAGAAAUCGCCGCCAACCGUGGCAUUGAGCCCAAGCUAACCCACCUUACACUGCAGAAAACCAACAUUAAAAUGUACGACGACAGGUGUGCGGAAUUUGUGACCACCAGUUCUGCCUUCAAGCAUCUGCCGGGGGCCACAGCUCAGCUUGUUCGACCCACAACAUCAGUCAAGACAAGCUGGACUGAGGGGACAAUUCCUGAACCCAUUUAUAAGUCUUCAUACACCAAACAUGAAAUAUCGCCAUUAUCCCCAGUUCUUAGAGCGAAGGAGUUGACCAACACAGGUGUUGGCUCAAGUUUAAGGCAGGAGAAAAAAGACCAGUUUGACUCAACUUGUCAUGAGAAUUUCCAAUAUCCUCCUCCUCUCAAGUCCACAGAAAAGCAACGUGUUCGGCAUUCAUCCAUACCAAUGGGAGACCAAGAAAAGAUACUGGACAGACAAACAAUGUAUUCCAGCUCAUUCAGACAAUCAGCUGCUCUCAGCCCUGUUAAGGUCAAGGAAUACCUGCUUCCUAACAUAAAGAAAUAUCGGCCUCUCAACCUUCGGGAACUUUGUGAUGAUGAGUGGAUAACAACAACUGAGGAAUACUGUGCACACAAAUGUGGUCCUGUUCAGCUGGUGAACAUAAACCGAAAUCUCAGCUUUGUCUUUAAAGGAGAGAAACCUGAGGAGAAACUGUCGACAACAAACCAGCUUUUCUUCCCAGAGAUAAACCGCACUCAGCUCCCUGUGUAUGUGGAUGGAUCCAGCAUCAGGAAUUUGAGCUGUGUUCAAUUCGGGAGGCCUGAUCUGGCUGGAAACUUCUACGGCACAACAUCACAGGAACAGUUUCUUGCUAAAGAAGUGAUUCGUCCCAAGCCACCCAUCUACCCGCCGAGUUAUGUGCUGUAUGAGCAAGCUUGUGUGUUUUUAGAGCCCGAUCGGAUGCUUACAACUGUGCAAAAAGAUUUUGUCUCCCUGACUGCCAGAAGACAGAAACUGAGCCCAAGUCACCUUCACAAGGUUCAAGACAGCCAUAUCAAGCCUCUGCAUGGCAAACAAGAUUUCAAGACAACCCACAGUGAAGCUUUUGUGCUCAAACCCUACUGCAAGCCAUUUCUAAUCAACCCAAACCAACGACACAUCAGCCAUAUUGCAUUUUGAGCUAAAAAGCAUCCAACAAAAGUAUCUGUGGCCACAAUUUAGCUACAUUAAAUAAAAUUUUGGCAUCACAUU